GGGUCUGUUUUGCAUAUCAGCCUCUCGCAGUAUCUCAAGCAGAGCGCGGCAGGUGGAAGGCGGAGCCUGCGUUGGAUCCUUCCUAGAGUGGCAUUUCCUGAGCCAGGUGGCAUGGAGCGAGAGGCCGGGGUGUGGGCGCUGCUCCAGCGCGCACCUGUCGAUUGGACAGAACCAUUUGUGAUUGGACUGUUGGUGUUCCAUGUGCUCUGCUUUGUAAUGACGAUAAUCUCCUUCAAAUUCUACAAAUUCCAGAUUGUACAUUUUCUGAUAAUGGUUGCCUUGGUGAGCAGUGCUGAAUAUAUCAAUGAAUAUGCUGCUUUAAACUGGAUAAAGUAUUCAAAGCAGCAAUACUUCGAUUCUUCUGGAAUGUUCAUUUCAUUAGCUUUUUCAGCUCCGUUAUUGUUCAAUACUAUAAUAAUUGUGGUCCAUUGGGUUUAUAAAACAUUGACUGUGAUGACAGAACUUAAAACUUUGCAGAAGAAAAAGAAAAGUGCCAAAGAGAAAAUGAAGGAAAACUGA